ACGCCAGGCCGCGGCGGCCGCCAGGUUGGGGGGUCCCCGGCGCGGGCAGGCAGCUGCCCCCUCCCCGCUGCCAGCCAUGAGCGGCUCUUUCGAUAAGAAGCUCUCCAGCAUCCUGACGGACCUCUCGGGCUCGCUGAGCUGCCACGCAGCCUCCAAGGACUCUCCCACCCUGCCGGAGUCCUCGGUCACCGACCUGGGCUACUACACGGGCCAGCACGACUACUACCCGGGCCAGUCGUACGGGCAGCCCGUGGGCCACUACCCCUACCCCCAGUUCAACCUCAACGGCAUCGGCGCCGCCGGCACCUACUCGCCCAAAUCCGAGUAUUCCUACAGCCCUUCCUACCGCCAGUACGGGCACUUCAGGGAGCAGCAGCUCCCGGCGCAGGAGGCAGUGUCCGUGAAGGAGGAGCCGGAGCCGGAGGUGCGGAUGGUCAACGGGAAGCCCAAGAAGAUCCGCAAGCCCCGCACCAUCUACUCCAGCUACCAGCUGGCCGCCCUGCAGCGCCGCUUCCAGAAGGCGCAGUACCUGGCGCUGCCCGAGCGCGCCGAGCUGGCCGCGCAGCUGGGGCUCACCCAGACCCAGGUGAAGAUCUGGUUCCAGAACCGGCGCUCCAAGUUCAAGAAGCUCUACAAGAACGGCGAGGUGCCUCUGGAGCACAGCCCCAACAACAGCGACUCCAUGGCCUGCAACUCUCCGCCGUCGCCGGUGUGGGACAGUCCCGGCGGCAGCGCCCGCACCCCGCUGCCGCAGCCGCUGCCCUACAGCUCCUCGCCGGGCUUCCUGGAGGAGCACAACCCCUGGUACCACCCCCAGAGCCUCAGCGGCCCCCACGGACCCCCGCAGGCGCAGGCGGCCCCCCCGAUGCAUCACCCGUCCCCCGGGCCCCCCAGCACGGGCGCCGUGUACUGACGGAGGGCUCAGAGACUCUGCACAACUCCUUGGCCUCCUUUUUUUCCGCCCCUCCA